GUCGAAGACACACAAUGAAGAACAAGCCGCGGGAGAAGGAGCAGUGCAGCAUCUAAACAGAGGAAACUGUUUCAUUGUUGUCUGCAAAAAGCUGUGUAGUCGUGUUUUUUAUAUGAACCCAGCUGUUAGAGUGUGGAGCUGAUGUAAGUGACAGUCAGUCAUGGAUGAGGAACCAGCGGGAGAAAUCCAGCUACUCAGAAGCCAGAAGGCCAAGCUGAUAGAAAUUCUAAGUGCCGAUGCCGACUUUGUACUGCAGCAUGCAGACUCUCGCUGUCUGCUGUCUCUCUCUGGGUACCAGCAGGUGAAAGCUUGCCGUAUUCCCAGUGAGAAAGUGAGGGAUCUUCUGGAUAAUAUCAUCCAGAGAGGGCCCAAGGCAGCACAGGGUCUACUGGAACUACUGAAAGAUGAGGCCCUGCAGGAAACCUUCCCAAUGCUUCAGUUUGUUAAGGAUUUGCAAAUCAACAAGCUGUCCUCAGGGGAAAAAGAAACAUCGAGAAAGAGAAAAUCCACUUCUGAUUUACAGGAGACCAUUUCAUCCCAAAAGAUCUGCAACAGUGGAUCUCACUUGGUGACGGAGAAGCAGCUGAUGACCGUGGCUCGUGCUAUUGGCAGAUCGUGGAAGGAGAUUGGCAGAUGCUCACUGGACAUCCCCUCUGUAAGGCUGGAGCAGAUUGAAGAGGACCAUUCGCUCCAUACGGAACGAGUAUUUGCAAUGCUGCGCUUCUGGCGUAACCGCCAGAGGGAAAAAGCCACCGCCACUCACCUGCACUCCCUGCUUAGUCAGGAAGUCUGGGAGCUGCCACCUGAAAGCAUCGACUUUCUGUUGGAGACUGACUGAGGCCUUCACUGCCUGAUACCUGCUGAGACUGAAAACCCUUUCAAAGGGCUUGUUUUUACUGGAAAUAAAUGUGUUUCUCAUCAUAGAUCCUGCCAUUCCAUUUCAGGAAAAAACAACACUUGAAGACUAUGUUAUGGGAUCAAUCAAGAGUCAUACAUGUUUAUCCUGAGAAGCUUUAGUACCAGCAGGUCUCUAAUUCUACGUACACCGCUUUCUUAUCACAACGCAUUUUGAUAUAUGAUUUUAUGAUCAAAAAAAGUUUGUUUUAUGAAGUUUCUUUGAAAGAGGGAUUUCUCUUUUUUUAUUGUUAACUGGCUGUAGCAUUGAUUUCCAUGAACCUUUCACUCAGGGAUAAAUAAGGAAAAUAACUGAGCCGUGCUAAUUUCAUUUUAAUGUAAAUACAGAAGGGCAUUAAAAAAUGAGAGAGAUCAUCUGUAACUUUGUGGGAGAAAAAUGUGAUUUUCUCUGAAUGUGCAGACACCACAAGUCUGUCAUCAAGUCUGUUGAGAUAAAGGAGACACAUGAAAAGGAGGGUAGACAAGAAGGCAUUGCCAACCACAGCCACAUUAAAUAAGCUCAUUAUACCACAGUUGACGUCUCUUCCCUGAGAAUUCCUAUUACAAGUUAAGAUACUCUUGAAAAUAAGGUAACGUGGUUGAGAUCCAAUGAGAAACAUUUAAUGAAAUGCACAAUACCUUGAUUUAUUAAUGAGAAAUUCUCGUGUGAAUUGAUAAAAGCAUUUCUUUUUUGUCACAGAAACUCAUAAGUCAGAAGUUACUGUAUUUCUCUGUUGUUUUUCUGAUUCAGUUUCUUCAUCCCAGACGACAUUAAUUAACUUUUUCUGGGACAAAGGUUGACUCCCACCCACUCCUUCCACUUUGUAUUCCACUCUGCAUCUUUGCUUUGUAGCCAUUUUCUGCCGUCUUCCUCGUCAGCACAGCUUAAUGACGGAGUAAUGAGUCACCAGCUUUUUAAAAGCAUGGAUAUGGCAAACAUGUUAUCAUUCUCAUGUAAGUACAGUAUGCUUUAUAUGUCUGUUUUUAUUAAAAGUAAC